CCCCCACGCCAGGAUGUCCGACGCCUGGGUCCCAGGCCUCGUACCCACCUUGCUGCUCAGCCUGCUGGCUGGCUCCCAACAGGCUGCAGCCAAAUGUGGUCUCUUCUUCACCUGCCCCAGGGGAUUCAAAUGCUGCGGUGACAGUUGCUGCCAGGAGAAUGAGCUCUUCUCCAGUCCCCUGAGGAUCUUUGUCAUCACCUUCUUCACCAUCACGCCGCUCCUGUGCAUCUGCUGUCUGGCUAAGCGGUUCUGUGGCAGCUGCAGAGAACAGGAGGAAGACCCCUCGAUGGAUCACCAGGGGCCCCCGGAGCCGCCCUCCAUUGCCCCCCCAGAGACAGUCAGGACGUCUGCCUCUGAGCCCCCGCCCCCCUACAGCGAGAUUAUUCUGAAGCCCGUCCUGACUCCCAUGGAGCCGCCCCCUCCCUACAGCUUCGGGCCUGAGGAAUAUGCCGAGGUGCCCAGCGGCAUCGACAACCCCGCCUUCUGAGCCACCUGCUGCCCGGAGCGACGCCAUCAGCCACCUCUUCCCCCGUGCCUCCCGGAUCAAGCCAGAGACUCUUGGGACUCUACCCUGUGAUGCCCCCAGCCAUCGUGCCGUGUCUCUGGCCAUUCUGGGUUUUAACUUAUUGCUUUUCCUGUCCCUGCCCCACACCUUGCUGGGACCUGGUGGCAGAAACGGCCCAGCCGCCUCUGUUGUCCCCAGCGCCCGUCAGAAGUGGCAGUGUCCACCCCCCACCCCCGUCCCAGGUGGGAGGCUGCCAGGAGGAAAACGUCAACACUUAGAGGUGCCUGACGGCGGAACGGGCUACUCUGGGGAGUGGAGAGAACCCCAUAUCGGGGGGAUAUACAAAUCCUGACUGGACAGCCAGCUCCGAGAUACUAUAGAGGGUACUUCUGUUCUGUAGGAGACUGGACUGUGGGCUCUGAGGCACCCCGGGUCUACCUGAAUAGAGGAGACCCCAUUGCACCCUCCCCCCAAACGUGUACUCACUAAACCUUAGCUGAUUGUCA